CACGCACCGUGGACCUGCCUGAAUUACCUGGGUCAUCGAGUCCGUGCGCAUGCACGGGGCUGACGAGCGACCAGAGAGAGCGAGCGAGCGAGAGAGAGAGAGAGAGAGAGAGUUGCGUCCAUCGAUGCUUUCACGCGCCUUCAGUGUGUGUGUGUGUGUCAGUGGAGGAGGAAACUUCUUCUUCGAGGUUUUUGCUCAGUGAUUUUUCUGAAGGAGACGCGAGUUGACGCACGCGGCAGCUGGACUGGAUUAGAGCAUCACAAUCGGGAGACGCGCGUGCCAUUACGCACGGAGCUGCUGCUCCAGUGUGGAGGGAAACUAUUAUAACACACAGACACACGCACGUGCUGAUGUUGAUGUGAACGAGCAGGGAGGACAGAGCGACAGUGUCCCCGUCUCUGAGUCUGAACUCGGCGGACGGUCACUCGGUUCCCGCCGGGAGGAAAGUUAGACCGCGGGCGGGCGCACGGAGCGAGAGCGAGGGCGAGUGUGGAUGUUUGAGAGCAGCGGGGAGACGGAGCCACUGCUCCGCUCAUGGACCGCCGACCUCUCCGGCUGAACCGAGGAUCAUGCUCCGGUAGUUUGCUCCGCCUCAGCGGAACAUGCGGAUCUUAGGGGACUCGGUGACGGUGUGAGUCCAGCAGGGAGCGGCGCUGGGAGACCGGACUCCAGGGUGUUUCCACACUCCACCAUGUCUAUGUCCAGCGGAGAGUGAGAGACACCGACAGACAGAGAGGGAGAUAGAGAGAGCCGGGGUGAUCCGGAGUGUGUUUCAUGACGUGUGGGAUUAAAACCGGACCCGACAUGAUCUUUGUUAAUAUCAUCACUGUGGUGUUUGUGUUAGAUGUGUGUGUGUGUGACUCAGAGCUCGGCGCCCCCGGCUGGCGGGAACCCCUGGACUGCGUCCGAGCCUCCGAACUGUGCAACCAGAACAGCCAGUGCAGCUCACGAUUCCGCAUCAUGCGCCAGUGCCUGUCUGGCGGGGACAAGGAGCGCAGCGCGAUGCUGGCCUCCAAGGAGUGCCAGGGGGCGCUAGAGGUGCUGCAGGACUCGCCGCUGUACGACUGCCGCUGCAAGAGAGGCAUGAAGAAGGAGCUGCAGUGUCUUCAGAACUACUGGAGCAUCCACAUGGGACUAACUGAAGGGGAAGAGUUUUACGAGACGUCUCCCUACGAGCCGAUCCACUUCUCUGAGGAAUACCGACACGCGUCCAUCAUAUCAGACUCGUCGUUGUCAAAGAUGGGCCCCUGCUCGGAGGCGGGGAAACCCUGUAACCCCUGCCUGGACGCAGCAAAGGCGUGCAACCUCAACGAAACGUGCAAACGUUUGCGGUCCGCCUACAACUCGAUCUGCAGCAAGGCCACUCCCCCACACUCCUCCCUGGCCAAUCAGGAGCCUUGCAGCAGGAAAAGGUGUCAGAAGGCGCUGCGGCAGUUUUUCGAGCGGGUUCCGUGGGAGCUGAGUUACCCACUGCUGUUCUGCUCGUGCCCGGACCAGGCGUGUGCCGAGCGCCGCCGCCGCACCAUCGUCCCGUCCUGCUCCCACCAGGAGCGGCACAGACCCACCUGCCUGGACCUGCGACAGCUCUGCCGCUCCGACGCCCUCUGCAGGUCUCGACUCGCUGACUUCCACAUGAACUGCCAGGUGACACCUCACACCGUCACCAGCUGCCCUCACGACAAUUACCACGGAUGCCUCAUGUCCUAUGUUGGCCUCAUCGGCUCUGACGUGACGCCGAACUACAGCGACAGCAGCCCGUCCAACAUCAGCAUCAGCCUGUGGUGCACCUGCAGAGGAACAGGCAGCCGUGAGACCGAGUGUGACGCCUUCCACCGCGACUUCACACACAACACAUGCCUCAAAAACGCCAUUCAGUCGUUUGGUUACGGCGCAGAGGGCGGGACUCUCCAUGUGACUGAGCCGCCGCCCACAUUCUUCCCGCCCGCUAAGCCGCCAGUCAUCUCCAAACCUGCUCCCUCUCUGAAUGGAGACACACUCAAACCCAUGGACAGCGCGUGUGUGUUUUCCACGUGUGCUAACCUACAGGACGGAGGGCAGAAGUGCGUCCCCUCUGAUGAGUACGAGUGUGAGGAGGCUCUGUUGGUCCAGGGCUCAUUAGACUCGGCAGGACCCAAGAGCAGCAGCAGCAGCAGCAGCAGCCAAUCAGCUCCACUCCUCCUCCUCCUUCUCCACAUCUCUGUGACUGUGUGCGUGUCCGUCCUGCCAAUGUUUCUGUUCUACGUCUCAUAAAUGUGAACUCAUGCGCACACACACACACACACACACACACGCACACACACACACACACACACCUAAAUGGCACAUGACUCGGUGGGAAAAUGUCAUCCGAGAGACGUCCAAAACAUCAACAACGGCCUUUUCGAGGGAGACGGAGGGACACGUUCUGGACGACAUUCAGAUUAACCGCCACUCACACGCACACGCACACGCGGAGAUGAAAGGAAGACGAAGGCGCUGGACUGUGGGACUGUGGGACCGAGAGACGGACACUGAUGAAUAAGGACAGCAGGGACAGACACUUGGCGAGUCUUGGUCCACAGUUACUUCAUUCCCGGCGCUUGCUUUGUGGAAGGUGUGUGUAUGUGUGUGUGUGUCUUUCUGUGCGGCUCGACUCGGACUCGCUGCCUCCAGCUUUGUUGGAUCUGAGACAGCUGGGCUGAAAAGCACAGGGACAGCACAACACACACACACAUUCACACAACAGUGUGAGACAGACAGAAAGAGAGAGAGAGAGAGAGGACGGGAUUUCCAGACUGGAGGAUGGGACAGUGUUUCAGCUCAGCUCAAUUUAUCACUCCUCUACACCUCUCCUGUGGCAACAAAUCUAUACUGCUUACAUACAAAAGCACACACACACACACACACACACACACUGCAAUUCUCCCCUUAGACCUCGUUAGCGGGAAAACAGGGUCCCCAUCAGGACACAAGCACUCGUGCUUUACACCAGUAUGUUUCUGCGAGUGUUUAAUUCGAUUCUGUUGUUCACUCUGUACAAACUUCAUUUAAUGUGGAAAAUGAAAAAAGUCUCGGUGGAAGAGAUUUCACAUCCUGUCAGUGUAUAGUUGUGUGAGUGUGUGUGUGUGUGUGUGUGUGUAAGGAUUUGAAUCAUUAUUGUGAAAGUGUUAUCACUGACAUUUACAGUUUCUCCCCUGAUUAAACCCUGAAAACUUG